AUGGAAGAACUCGCAAUUUUUAUCAAGCGAUGCUUCUUUGCCGCCAACAAUGGGUAUGAUAAAUACUUGUUUUGUAUUGCGAACUUAGAAUUACUUGACUUCGAACUGCAGUAUAAUCUUGUUAACAAUAUUCGAUCGAUGCGCAAAGAGCAAACUAAUUAUCAUUUAGCACUUAUCUGUUGUCGUGAAACCGGAAUGCAUCAUCAUAUUUUGGAUCAAUUCUCACAAGACGUUUACGCAACAAAUGGACUUGGAACUGAGGCCAUGAAGGUGAUUUAUCAUGAAUUACGUCCCAACAAUCUUUUGUGUUUGUCAUCUGAUUUGUCAGGUCAAGGCAAAUCCGAGUAUAUUCGGCAACAAAGUUUUGGUCAUAGAAAGGUUCCCAGGAGUUUUCUUAUUAGUGAUGACGUUGAUUUUGGGACACUUGUUCAUCGAUUCAAGGAAUUUAAGAUUCGAACUGUUGAAAGUUUACAUAUAAACAUUGUAUCAGCUGAUCAUCCAGUGGAUGUUAAUAUGUUUUUAUUUGAAUUGUUGACGUUGGGAGUGGUGUCAAACAAUAUGGACAUAGCUUAUCUUCCAGAUACUGUGGUAUUUAUCGAAGUGGCAUCAACAGUCAACCAAAAUUUACUUAAAUCUUUACCAAUGGUUGGAUGCCUUAAGAGUAAACAUCUUACGUGGGACAUAGGGGAACUCAUGGUAUCACAAGAGGUUAACAGUCCUAUGCAAGUUGUAUGUCAUUACUUGCUUGCAUAUGACACUAAUGAGAUAGAUAAUAAGGAUAUCGUGUUUCAUGUCACAGAUAAUGAUACAUCGCUCGUCCCAUUAACAUCUAGACAAUGUCGACCACUUAUCGAAAAAUAUCUAUUUAAAAAUAAAAAUGUGGAUGAUAUUUCUUCAUUUAGAUUUGUAGAAAUUUUUGUAAAUGUAUUGGCAGAUCAGUUGGUUCGAUUGUCCUCAAGCUCAUUUUUCGAGUGUGAAAAUUUGAAAUUAAUGAUAAAAGAUACAAAUAUAAGGUCAACUUUAGUAAGCACCUUGAUUGAUGUCUCCAAAGAUUUCGCCACAAGAUCGGUAAAAACAAAGGCAGCGCAGCUAGAAUCGACUUCAACUGAUGAAGAUGCACGAUUGGGUACGAUAGUACAAUGGGAUGAUUCAAAUCAUUUAUUAGUAUUUUUCUUAUCGCAAACACCGGAUUCUAUUUGCGCCUUGUACCGAGAUAAAGUCAAAGUCCCACAGAAUGUAAGAACUUUAUUGAAAAGUCAACACAUAGGAGACAAGAGUUGGGAACUAGAAGAUUAUCAUGAGAUGAAUACAAAAGAACUUUUGGAGAAAUUGGAAUGCUUAGCUAGAAAAACAAUGCAUAAAAUUGAGUAUCCACCAUAUGCUUUAUCUGCAGAUAAUUUAGUAAAGAUGGCAUUGAUUUUGUUAAGGGCUCGUGCAAAUAUCCCAGUGGUUAUUUGUGGCGAAGCAGGAUGCGGAAAGACGAGUUUAAUUGGAUUCCUGGCCAAAGUUGUGGAAGUUGAAUUUCAACCGCUUAAUCUUCAUGCUGGAGUCACUGAAAAUGCAAUUCUAAAAUUCAUGAACGAUGCACAAGAGAAAGCUGAGAACGGAGAAAUAUGGUUGUUCUUUGAUGAAAUCAAUACUUGUAAUCACAUAGGUCUUCUUGCAGACUUAAUAGCCCACAGGACGUUACUCGGUAAACAGAUUCAUUCUAAUAUCAGGAUUUUUGCAGCAUGCAACCCUUAUAGAAUCCGCACCAAAAGUCAAAGCGUUGUCGGGUUAAAAACUAAUAAGAGAUAUGAAGAACAAAGCAAUCUUGUAUAUCAAGUAAAGCCACUACCUGAUCAAAUUUUAGAUUAUGUUUGGGAUUAUGGCGUGUUGCAGCCAGAAGAAGAACAUCGAUAUAUUAAAAUAAUGGUAUCUAACUCUUUAAAAAAUUUUGAUACCAAAUGUUCAGUAUUUGCAGAUUUAUUAUUCGAAUCUCAAGCAUUCAUCCGAGAGGUUGAGGAACCUUACAGUGUUAGUUUAAGAGAUAUAAAAAGAGCAAUUACACUUGUAAAUUUUUUUGCAGAAAGUUUACAAAAUCGACCACCUGUUCGUAAGAAUGCGCCCAGAUAUCCACCAAUAGGAGAAAUAUCGAUGCCGAUAAGAUGUUACAUUCUUGCGUUGGGACUAUGCUAUCAAUCUAGAUUGUAUGAACAAUCUCUAAGAAAGAAAUAUCGAAUAGCUAUGGGGAAAAUAUUUAAUCGUAAUAGAAUUAACAUUGACGAGAAAGCAUUUAAUAGGGUUAUAAGACAAGAACAAGAUGAUUAUAUUAAUCGAAUGACUUGCCCUCCAAAUACUGCGAAAAACGAAGCCCUUUUGGAAAAUGUUCUAGUAAUGAUUGUCUGUAUUCUUACUAAUAUUCCGGUUUUUAUUAUCGGAGCCCCCGGUUCUUCAAAAUCUUUGGCUAUUCGACUCGUUAGUCAAAAUCUUCGUGGAUCCGAUUCAAAUGAUGAAUAUUUCAGAAAACUGCCGCAGGUCUAUCUUAUCCCUCAUCAAGGUUCAUCAUCCUCAACCUCAGAUGGUAUCCUUAAAGUUUUUCAAAAGGCGCAAAAUUAUCAGGAAACGAGUUCUAAAGAAUUUCCUGUAAUAAGUGUGGUUCUGCUUGAUGAAGUUGGAUUGGCCGAAACCAGUCCUUUUAAUCCAUUAAAAGUAUUACAUUCUUUGCUUGAACCAAGUUACCCUUCAGAAGGGCCGACCGUUUCUGUGGUUGGAAUUUCUAAUUGGAGACUAGAUAAUAGUAAAAGUAGUAGAGCCUUGUUAGUUCAAAGGCCCAAAUUUGACCUUGAAGAUCUUGUGGACACGGCUGUCCGCCUUCUCUAUUCAAAAACAAAUGGGCAAAUUUCAAAAGCGUCACUUCAACCAUUAGCUUCUGCUUAUUUAGAUUAUGAACAAAAUGAUGGCCCUUGUGCAUCAAAAAUGAUGUUGCAAAAGAUUUGUGAUGGGACUCAUGGCGAAAUAAUUCAUCAUGGUGAAAUUAAAAAUAAUAAUAAUGUUAAUGAUGUUGAGAAAUAUUGUAUGGAACAUAUUCGGAAUGAUUGGAAUAUGCUAAAGCAAAUUCUUGAUGUUUCAGAUGAAAAUUUAGCUCUAUUAAUUCAUUCAAUCCUUACCGAAAUGGUCAAUAACCCACCAUCUCAACAUAAUAAGAUUCUUACAACGUCAUUCUCUAGAGACGGAUGGGAAAGAAUGUUUUCUCAGACUUAUGUUAUUCCAAAAAUUCGAAGUGUUACUGAAGUAACCACAAAUUUCCGUGCUAAAUUAGAUCAAGCAAUCCGAGAUGCUCAGGUUACUAGCAAUAUUCUUGAAGGUGAAAUAAACCAAACAUUACCAAUGGAUGAAGAAUAUUGUCGAGAAUAUUUGCCAAGAAUUUUCCGAACAAUCGCGAAAACUAGUUUUGAAAGUUUCAGAGCUUACUAUUAUAGAGAUAUCAAAUAUAAUGCCCAAACCUUUCCAUUCUUGGACAUCUAUUUUAAGCAUUACGAAAAAUUACCACACAUCAAAAAUCUUUACCCCAUAGUCACAUUCGUCCAAAUAAUGGCAUCACGACUUGAAUAUCGAUUAACCAGAAAAGAAGCUAACCAAAUAACAUUCAGAAAAUUUAUUCAAGAUCAAUCGAUCAAUGUUCCACUUGAACCGUCUAUGGAAAAUGAAAUUAUGGACGCAAUAGAUUUUGAUCAAAAAUCUACACAACAGCAAAGAUUACCCGCAGAAGCAUUUACUAUAGCGCUUAAACGAUUCAUGCAAAGAUUUUUGUCAGUAGAAAAUAAUAUGAAUAAGCAUCCACUUGGUACAUACCUUACGGAUAUGACUUUAAGUCUAUGGCCCUCAGGUAUUGAUGAAGAGUUAGUAGAUGAAAUGUUUCCAGUGUCUUUGUUAGUGGAGCAUAUCUACGAGGCCUAUAAAUUUACUUUGUCUAGGAUUGAGGUAUCAAUGAAAAAGCAGCAUCCCUCAACAUUGAAUAGAUCAAAUUCUAUUAAUACUGGGUCGGUUCAACCAUCAGCUUCUGUAUCGACUAAUAGAAAUUUAGGAUCUAGUGGAACUAUUUGA